GGUGGGGGUGGAGGAGGUGGGGGUGGAGGAGGUGGUGGUGCUGGGGAUGGAGGAGGAACGCUGAUGUCUCUCCAAGAGAUGGUUUUCCUCUCAGUGUCGGCUGCUCUGGACGGAUCUUCAGUGACUCCGGGACUUAAAGCGAGCGACAUGUUGACCUCCGCUCUGGCCGAGAGGACCCUGGAGAGCACCCCAACCCGGGGGCCGGACAGCCCAUUCCGCCCCUCUGGAGCGCACUGCAAGGUCAGCACCAAGUCCCAGCCCCGCGAGCCCGGGGGGAGACCGGAGUGGCUCGGCCACACGCCUGGCCCCGGGAGAGACCGGCAGCAUGACCGGGUCCCAGACGGGGCGCGCGAGGCGGAGGAGGAGGAGGAGGAGGAGGAGGAGGAGGAGGAGCAGGAGGAGGAGGAUGGCGGUCAGGAGGGGGACGGUCUCCCGCGCCGCAGGGGUCUUCGGAGGAGGAGGGUGACCCAGGCCCGAUGGGACCGCGUGAGGCUGCGGCGCAUUGAGGCCAACACGCGCGAGCGGAACCGCAUGCACGGGCUGAACCAUGCGCUGGACGCGCUGCGCAGGGCGGUGCCGUGCCCCUCGAGGACCCAGAAGCUCUCCAAGAUAGAGACGCUCCGCCUAGCCCGGAAUUACAUCUGGGCCCUGAGCGAGGUGCUGAGUGCUGGGAAGAGACCCGACCUGCUGGCCUUCGUCCAGACCCUGUGCAGAGGCCUCUCCCAGCCCACCGCCAGCCUGGUGGCCGGCUGCCUGCAGCUCAGCGCCCGGCCCUCUGGCCCCGAGCCCCGCGUGGAGGCCGCCUUCCCCGGGCGCGCUACGUUCGAUACCGUCUAUACGCCCUACCGCUUUCGCCAUGAUGCUGGCACGGGGCCCUGCGCCUCCGGCGGUCAUGAGGGUGGCAGCGGCGUCAGCAGCGCGGAAGGAGGUGGCAGGCCGUUCCCUGCGUACUCCGCAUUCUGCGGGCUGGCGGCGACCUACCAGCCUUUCUACGAGAGAGCGUCCCCCGAGUGCUCGAGUCCGACGUGCGACGGCGGCGCGCUCAGCCCCCCACUCCACUACCACGGGAUAUUCUCCCUGAAGCACGAGGGGCCCUCGGAACCGGAGGGGCACUCGGACCCGGACGGGACGCGCUGCCGCUUCGGGACGUGCCGCCGCUUCGGGACGUGCCGUUGCGCAGCGGCUUCUGGCGGUGCAGCUCUGCGCCGCUGCGCCGCAGCGGACGCCCACGUCCCGUACGACGUCCAGCUCCGAGAACAGUUCCUCACGGCGCAGGACCAGUUGAACAUCGUGCAGGACCAGUUCUACACCGCCUUUCAACAGUAGCGAACCGCCGUGGAGCGGUAACACUUAUCUUAAGAGGGAGGACAGAACUCCCCUCAGACGGGGCGGCCCGGCUCCCGUCUGGACGGGGCGGCCCGGCUCCCGUCUGGACGGGGCGGCCCGGCUCCCGUCUGGACGGGGGACCAAGUCUGGACCUCAGGACCUCAGGGUCUGGACGUCUGGACUUCAGGGUCUGGGCCAGGGUCUGGACCUGGACCAAGAGGUUGUUAUUUAGCUGAUCGUUAAUCAGUCUCCAUCUGAUCUCAGAAGCCUUGAGGUUAAUGAGCUCACAGUGUUUGGUUUUCCUGCAUUUUGGGAAUCCUGCAUUCUGAAAGAGAGGUCACUGGUAUAAUCUGAGUGAUGCCUGACACACACACACACACACACACACACACACACACACACACACACACACACACACACACACACACACACACACACACACACACACACACACACACACACACCAAGCUAUUGUUUGUUGUUUUAGAGAGUCAGUAUAAAUAAAGAAUAAAUAAGAUAAACUAUGCAAUUUCUGUGACGAAAAAUCAUGGGCAGAGAUGGAAUGUUAUAUGUUAUGAUGCUCUCCGUAAUGGGAUUUUGUUUCAUUUAAUCAUUUAUUCCCUUGAAUUUGAGCGACCAGUGUACAGAAAUACUAGACGAAUGGUUCAGUAAUAAAGAUGUUAGGUUUUAAAAUACUUAUGUCAUUUUAAAGCUGGGACUCAGCAGCAGUUUGAUGUGCCAAGUUUAUUAUCGUCCGUCUGAUUUAUUCUGAUGAUGGAAUGAUAAAAAAACAAUACAUUUGCCCCCUCUGUAUUUACAAAAUAGGGGGUAACGAUUUAUGAAUGUUCUGCUGGGACUGGACUGAUAGGAGGGGCUGUCAUUAAAGGCUUAUUGAAGUCUCCAGGAAGGAGUUUCUAAAGAAUAAACCUAGUGUAAAGAAAGACACUGCCUGAUGUUACCUGUAUCCUAUGGUCUGUAUUGAUGUCACGUGCAUUUUAUUUGCGGAAAUCGUAAAUAAAAAAACAUGAAUCAAA